AUGACGACAGUUGAACUUUAUUCCAAUCCCAGUCCGGAUAUCAGCACAUACCGGUGGAAUGUUGCGGGUUUACGCCAUCUUGAUCGUAAAAACAAACUCAGUUCCCUGCCAUUUUGGGUACCAAAUGAUGUAAUGAAACUCCAUCAAUUUCGAAUUAUUCUCAUUCGUGGAAUUGUGGCAAGGGAACGAGAAGCGGAUGAUUAUGUUGGUUUGUUAUUGGAACUCAUCCCACCACCCACAGGCACCGGAACAGAAUAUCCGGGAGGUUGCAGUGUAAAUGUACGUGUGGUAAAUCGUCUACAUGAUAGUGGAAUACAUGAUAUUGAACAGACAGAAACUGUUGAAUUUGUACCCACCAGUUAUCAAGUGAGUUUUCCAGAACUCAUUCCACCAAGUAUUCUUAAAAACCCAGAGUUUGUAGAAGGUGAUGGAUUAUCUUUACUACUUCAAGUAACUAUACAAACUGGUGUAAAUGUGACGGCAGAGCGGGUAAGUAAAACCGUUUCCUCUGUCUGGUCUGCACUCGCAGACUCUGUUAAUAAAAUCAUGCAAAAGGCUUCUAAAGUAUACAGUGAAACACGUGAGGAGUUUGGUACACAAGUGGUGAAAGAUAAUGAAGAGGCGAACAGUGUGCCAUGGAAUCAAGUACCAGAAAACUGGAUCGGUAGAGAGAAUGAAUGGCGUCGACUUAUCACGGAAACUAUUGUGGAAGAUGAAGGGACGUUUCGUUAUGGACCGAACAGAGGAUUUACAAAAGAUGAACAAGCGUUAUUAUUACAAUCUGGACUUAAUCAACGAUUGAUUACAAAUACACAUGCACAAUUUAACUAUGAUCGUGAUGUACAUGAAGGAUUACUGGUGGUUCCAGGAUUACGGCAACAGCGGUACAAUUUGGUUCCUGGUAAAAUGAAGGAAGAAGUAUUUUGGGCAAAUUACUUUUGGAAAAUUUCAGCCCUCAGUUUAUGUAAGAAUGAUGAACAAGUACGACUACUGCUUACCGUUAUUAAUGCCCCACCAGCUGGAAAACCACGUGAUAUCUCAUCCACUCGUACAGUAGAUGAGGAAACUGUUAUUGAACAUGUGAAAGAUGCACAAGAAGCAGCCGAUAUGCUUAUUGAGUACUUAACCGAUGAUACUUCAGAUGGAGAUUUGUUAGUGGAGGCAGCAGCAAACGCAUGUGAUGGACACGCAAAACAGUUGGCUGGAUACUUUAAACGUACAGAUUUGUCAGAAGAGACAUUAAGGAUGAUAGGAGUUGUAUUAAAGCGAUUACGGGAACGCCUUACGGAGUAUGAAGAAUUUGCCAAGAAAAGCAAAUUAAUUGCUGUUGUAGAUAAGAGUCGUGCAGAGGAUGAAAAAGGUGCAUCCAGUGAAGUAACCGUUGGGGAUCAUGGAGGAGAACCGGAAACGGUUACUUCUCCAAAAUCAAAUGAUGUGGAUACCAAAACAGUCCAGGCAAGUUCACAAGAGCCCUCAACAGAUCCUGUGAAAAAAACCACUGAAGAAACAACAACAACAACAACAACAGCUGGAGGAAAUUUGGAUUUCCCUCGUAUGCCAUGGGAAGAAGAAGAUGAAGAGGAAGAAGAAGAAAAAUAA